AUGUGUGUGUGUGCGGUAUUGAGAUCAUGCGGAUAUAAUGAUAGAUAUGGAUAUGGAUAUGGGCAUGGAUAUGGAUGGAUAUGGGCAUGGAUGGAUAUGGACGUGGAUAUACAUGGAUAUGGAAGGGGAUAUGGAUGGAUAUGGACGUGGAUAUGGAUGGAUAUGGACGUGGAUAUGGAUGGAUAUGGACGUGGAUAUGGAUGGAUAUGGACAUGGAUAUGGAUGGAUAUGGGGAUGGAUAUGGACGUGGAUAUGGAUGGAUAUGGAAGGGGAUAUGGAUGUAUAUGGACGUGGAUAUGGAUAGAUAUGGGCAUGGAUAUGGAUGGAUAUGGGGAUGGAUAUGGGGAUGGAUAUGGACGUGGAUAUACAUGGAUAUAG